AUAUUUCUGACCGUUUUGAUGCUUUUGCUAUUUCUUUGGUUGUAAAUGUACAAAUAUAAACAAAAAAAAACAAGAUCAAAUUGCGCGCGCUUUUAAACAGGGCUACCGAACAACGAUUUAAACCUAACAAGGUGGCAGCUCUGCAGAAUAAAAUCGAUAAUCGCCAAAACCAUCGAUACUGUGGUAACAUAAAUAAUAUCGAUAGUGUCAUCGCUGGUUGUCCAUCCCUAUUCGCACGAGGUGCCGAACAAAACGUAAAAAUUUCUGAUAGUUUAUUAAAAAAAACAAACGGAAAGUACUGAAAAUGACGGAAGCUGAGGAAAUUAACGGUCGAGAAGAAGUAGAGGAUGAUGAACAGGAUCAAAAACAAAAGAAAUCCGACGUGAAACGACAUGACGACGGCGCCGCAGAUUUGGAACGUGUUACGGACUACGCCGAGGAAAAAGAGAUCUCUGCGGCCAAUAUAUCCAGUGCUGUGGAACAGUUUGGCAACCAGCGAAACAAGGAGAACGAAUUGCGAGUGGCCAAGGAAAAAGAGCUACAAAAAGUCCAAGUCAAGAAGGAGGAUAUUGAACUGAUUAUGAAUGAGCUGCUGGUUAGCAAGGCGCAGGCCGAAAAAGUCCUCCGCGAACAGAGCGGCGAUGUGGUAGCCGCCUUGGAAGCCAUCAUCAGCAACUGAGAUGCUUAGGGAACCUGGACUAACCGCCGUCUGUUUCUUUUAUGUAGCGUAACACUGCUUUAUUUGUACAUUUAUAAACUCUAGCGAAGAAAAAC